GUGUGCAGGAAACGCCAGCCAUAGAAGAGAUCACGCUUUUUAACACCGUGGCACAGUACAAACAACGGGAAAUGUGCUACACGUUAUAUUAUUAAUGUUCGGAAACGGCCGCUCUCUUCGGAUUCUUACCAGGACCUUCGGAGACGACCCUCGAAAGCGUUUCCGCCGAGGGAUUUGACAACUCCCACCCUUGAAAGAUCUGCCUUUCUGCAGUCUGAUAACAUCGGGUGGGUAGAGGAUUCGUGGAGAGGGGCUGUCUGUUUUCUGAAGCCAUGAGGGAGUAUAAAGUGGUCGUGUUGGGCUCGGGCGGCGUGGGCAAAUCUGCAUUGACUGUCCAGUUUGUGACGGGAUCCUUCAUUGAGAAAUACGACCCCACAAUAGAGGAUUUUUACCGAAAGGAGAUCGAGGUGGACUCGUCUCCCUCUGUUCUGGAGAUACUGGACACGGCAGGGACCGAACAGUUCGCCUCCAUGCGAGACCUGUACAUCAAAAACGGGCAGGGGUUUAUUUUGGUGUACAGUCUGGUCAACCAGCAGAGCUUCCAAGACAUCAAGGCGUUGAGGGAUCAAAUCAUCCGAGUGAAAAGAUACGAGCGAGUGCCCAUGGUAUUGGUUGGAAAUAAAGUGGACUUGGAAGGCGAGAGAGAGGUCUCUUCCGGGGAAGGCAAGGUGCUGGCUCAGGAGUGGAAUUGCCCGUUUAUGGAAACUUCUGCCAAAAAUAAAGGCUUGGUCGACGAACUGUUCGCAGAAAUCGUGAGACAGAUGAACUAUUCCUCUUUACCCAGCGGUGGAGAUCGCUGUUGUUCUUGUGUUCUUUUCUAAGAAAACAUCUUUAAGUUUGCAACUGUGAUUGUUAUCUAGCUAAGUAAAACUCAUAAAAAAACAAGGCCUGUUUUGAUAACUUGUUGAUAACAAAAUUAUACGGCCUCUUUUUGAUAAUGCGACCGUCAGUAUUAUUGGAAAGCUAUUUGCACACAACAAUCGACGAUGACAACAAUUUAUAUUGAAAUAGCCUAAAAAGUGUUUACAUGACAAAGUACUUGAAUGUUUGAGAUUUAAAAAAAAUAUCACACAGCUUUGUAAUUGACACUUUUUCUGGAAACGUGCCUCACUGGGAAUGUCUUAUUGUAAAACCUAAGAGACACUUUUUUUGUUAUGGAACUUUGGUGGGGUUUGAUUACUGUUGAGUUGUACUUUUUCAUGGUUUCUGGGCGGGUCCUUCUGGCCUGGAGAGGGAUUAGAGGAUUAAUCCCUUUGCUGAACAGGGAUUGGUCACUUUUUGUGUGGAUUCUGAUGGGCUCAAGGACCCCCCUCCAUGCAAAAACUCAUGUUUGGAUUUUUAGUGUCAAAUAAACCCCAAACUCGGUGA